CAGGAAGUGCAGCUACAAAGUCAAACAAAAUGCUGUCUGCCAGCAGCAUUACAUUUAGCUGAACAAUGUGGUACUCGGUGUUACAAAAAUCAUAUCUACAUACCUCUGUACAUCUCCUAAAAAAGGCUGCGUAUAAUCUGAAAGGAAAGAGUACUGCUGAUCAGCGUUGGAUAGUUCGGCAGCUUAAUGACCCUUUUGUGAAGGCUGCCCAUGUGCACAACUACCGGUGUAGAAGCGCCUUCAAACUGCUGGAGAUUGAUGACAAAUACAAACUUUUAAAACCUGGAUUCAACGUAAUAGAUUGUGGUGCUGCACCAGGUGCUUGGAGCCAGAUAGCUGUUCACAGGGUCAACUCAACUGGGGCUAGUGAGUGCAUCUUGUAUUUACCCAACUGACAGAUUAACACAUGACAUGCUGUUAUAAUUAACCUACCAGCCAGGCCAAAUAUAUAUUUUCCUGCAUCUGACAUUGUUCUGUCUGCCAUGUUUAUUUGUAUUAUUUAUUUAACCUUUAUUUUAUCAGGGAGUCAUACUGAGAUGUUAGGUACAGUGGGACGUUUUGUAAAAGUGCUUUAUAAAUGAAAACAUAGCAAUGUAUCAACCUACGUGACAACAGAGGGCCAACCAACAUUCUGAUAAAGAAUGCAGUGAUGAGUACUAAAAUUGUCGCCCGUAAUAAAACAGUACGCUAUGAUAAACUGUAUCUUUAAUCUUUAAACGGCUUUAAAGAAGUGGCAACUGCGUUCAUAUACAGUGCCUUGCAAAAGUAUACAUCCCCCUUGGCAUUUUUCCUAUUUUGUUGCAUUACAACCUGUAAUUUAAAUCGACUUUUAUUUGGAUUUCAUGUAAUGGACAUACACAAAAUAGUCCAAAUUGGUGAGGUGAAAUGAAAAAAAUAACCUGUUUCAAAAAAAUAAAUAACGGAAAGCUGGUGCGUGCAUAUGUAUUCACCCCCUUUGCUAUGAAGCCCCUAAAUAAGAUCUGGUGCAACCAAUUACCUUCAGAAGUCACAUAAUUAGUUAAAUAAAGUCCACCUGUGUACAAUCUAAGUGUCAAAUGAUCUGUCACAUGAUCUCAGUAUAUAUACACCUGUUCUGAAAGGCCCAGAGUCUGCAACACCACUAAGCAAGGGGCACCUUCAAGCAAGCGGCACCAUGAAGACCAGGGAGCUCUCCAAACAGGUCAGGGACAAAGUUGUGGAGAAGUACAGAUCAGGGUUGGGUUAUAAAAAAAUAUCUGAAACUUUGAACAUCCCACGGAGCACCAUUAAAUCCAUUAUUAAAAAAUUGAAAGAAUAUGGCACCACAACAAACCUGCCAAGAGAGGGCCGCCCACCAAAACUCACAGACCAGGCAAGGAGGGCAUUAAUCAGAGAGGCAACAAGCCUGAAGGAGCUGCAAAGCUCCACAGCAGAGAUAGGAGUAUCUUUCCAUAGGACCACUUUAAGCCGUACACCACCGGUCAAAAGUUUUAGAACACAUUCAAGGGUUUUUCUUUAUUUUUACUAUUUUCUACGUUGUAGAAUAAUAGUGAAGACAUCAAAACUAUAAAAUAACACAUAUGGAAUCAUGUAGUAACCAAAAAAGUGUUAAACAAAUCAAAAUAUAUAUUAUAUUUGAGAUUCUUCAAAUAGCCACCCUUUGCCUUGAUGACAGCUUUGCACACUCUUGGCAUUCUCUCAACUAGCUUCAUGAGGUAGUCACCUGGAAUGCAUUUCAAUUAACAGGUGUGCCUUCUUAAAAGUUUAUUUGUGGAAUUUCUUUCCUCCUUAAUGCGUUUGAGCCAAUCAGUUGUGUUGUGACAAGGUAGGGGGGGUAUACAGAAGAUAGCCCUAUUUGGUAAAAGACCAAGUCCAUAUUAUGGCAAGAACAGCUUAAAUAGGCAAAGAGAAACGACAGUCCAUCAUUACUUUAAGACAUGAAGGUCAAUACGUAAAAUGUCAAGAACUUUGAAAGUUUCUUCAAGUGCAGUUGCAAAAACCAUCAAGUGCUAUGAUGAAACUGGAUCUCAUGAGGACCGCCACAGGAAAGGAAGACCCAGAGUUACCUCUGCUGCAGAGGAUAAGUUCAUUAGAGUUACCAGCCUCAGAAAUUGCAGCCCAAAUAAAUGCUUCACAGAGUUCAAGUAACAGACACAUCUCAACAUCAACUGUUCAGAGGAGACUGUGUGAAUCAGGCCUUCAUGGUCGAAUUGCUGCAAAGAAACCACUACUAAAGGAUAAGAAAAAGAGACCUGCUUGGGCCAAGAAACACAAGUAAUGGACAUUAGACCAGUGGAAAUGUGUCCUUUGGUCUGGAGUCCAAAUUUCAGAUUUUUGGUUCCAACUGCUGUGUCUUUGUGAGACGCAGUGUGGGUGAACGGAUGAUCUCCGAACGUGUAUUUCCCACUGUAAAGCAUGCCGGAGGUGGUGUUAUGGUGUGGGGGUGCUUUGCUGGUGACACUGCCUGUGAUUUAUUUAGAAUUCAAGGCACACUUAACCAGCAUGGCUACCACAGCAUUCUGCAGCGAUACGCCAUACCAUCUGGUUUGGUCUUAGUGGGACUAUUGUUUGUUUUUCAACAGGACAAUGACCCAACACACCUCCAGGCUGUGUAAGGGCUAUUUUACGAAGACGGAGAGUGAUGGAGAGCUGCAUCAGAUGACCUGGCCUCCACAAUCCCCCGACCUCAACCCAAUUGAGAUGGUUUGGGAUGAGUCGGACGGCAGAGUGAAGGAAAAGCAGCCAACAAGUGCUCUUCAUAUGUGGGAACUCCUUCAAGACUGUUGGAAAAGCAUUCCAGGUGAAGCUGGUUGAGAGUGCCAAGAAUGUGCAAAGAUGUCAAGGCAAAGGGUGGCUAUUUUUUGUUUACUACAUGAUUCCAUAUGUGUUAUUUCAUAGUUUUGAUGUCUUCACUUUUAUUCUACAAUGUAAAAAGUAGUAAAAAUAAAGAAAAACCCUUGAAUGAGUAGGUGUCCAAACUUUUGACUGGUAGUGUAUAUAUGGCCACUCCUCCCCCUUUCUGUAAUCUGUCACAUCUAAAACAUUAUAAUAAUUUACUUCAAUGUCUUUAUCAGAUACAGAACCAUUUAACCAUGUUUCCGAGAGAACCGGAAUGUCAGGACGAGUCCUGUAACCAAAUGUCAAUUGUGUCAAUUUUUUGAAUCAUACUCCGCACAUUUAGGUGCGUUAUCCCAAGCCCCCUACAAUAUCUAAUGUCAGAGGGGGUAUUCAGCUCUUUAGGGCAUAAGGUGAGCUGAGACUUUGCCAAGGUCCCUGGCCAAUCCACGUGAGAGCAGAGUAGACUGAGCAUUUGACAGACCUCCCUCAAGUCGCUGGAUGCUGGGGUGGGAACUGGGAGAGCAGUGUUGGCAGAGCUCAGUCCACCCUGAUGAAGUACCUGCCAAAGGAGUGGAUCUGCUGCAGGGGAUCGGAGUUGCUGCCAAUGCUCCAUUCUGUGUAUGCACAGGAGGCCUUGAUGUGGCUCCUGUUGCAGGGUUGGGGCUGCCAUGGGGGGCAGGUGUGUCCCAGGCCUGUCCUGUGGAUGAGACUAGGGAGGGUAACCAAAACAAGCCUGGGGGGGAAUUGAGGAGGGUGGUGUGGAGGCUCCAAACUCUCAGCAUAUGAGGGCUGAUGAUGUGAAUGAUACAUGGUGUGGACUGCAUCAUAUGGUGCACUACCCUUGACAGUGUUUUUGCCAGACCCUAGGGUAGUGGUUGGUGCUUUGUAGAGCUAAGUUGAGGUGGGCCUGGUCUGGUAGAGCUGUGCUGUGAUGGGCAGGGUCUGGUAGAGCUGUGCUGUGAUGGGCCGGGUCUGGUUGAGCUGUGCUGUGAUGGGCAGGGUCUGGUAGAGCUGUGCUGUGAUGGGCCGGGUCUGGUUGAGCUGUGCUGUGAUGGGCAGGGUCUGGUAGAGCUGUGCUGUGAUGGGCCGGGUCUGGUUGAGCUGUGCUGUGAUGGGCCGGGUCUGGUAGAGCUGUGCUGUGAUGGGCCGGGUCUGGUUGAGCUGUGCUGUGAUGGGCAGGGUCUGGUAGAGCUGUGCUGUGAUGGGCCGGGUCUGGUUGAGCUGUGCUGAGGCGGGCCGGGUCUGGUAGAGCUGUGCUUUGAUGGGCAGGGUCUGGUAGAGCUGUGCUGAGGCGGGCCGGGUCUGGUAGAGCUGUGCUGUGAUGGGCAGGGUCUGGUAGAGCUGUGCUGAGGCGGGCCGGGUCUGGUAGAGCUGUGCUGUGAUGGGCCGGGUCUGGUAGAGCUGUGCUGUGAUGGGCAGGGUCUGGUAGAGCUGUGCUGUGAUGGGCAGGGUCUGGUAGAGCUGUGCUGUGAUGGGCAGGGUCUGGUAGAGCUGUGCUGUGAUGGGCAGGGUCUGGUAGAGCUGUGCUUUGAUGGGCCGGGUCUGGUAGAGCUGUGCUGAAGCAGGCCUGGUCUGGUAGCAUGGAAGGGAGGUUGUAGGGGGAAUUGAAGAGGGUGGUGUGGAGGGCAGUGUGGCCGGCGACGCUCCAAACUCUGCAUGGGGCCUCUUUGACUGAGUACGGCUUGGGCAUUGCUCAGUGUAUCUGCAUGCAAUUCCUGGGAGAGAGGUGUUGUGGGGGGCAGUGUUGCUGGCUGUUCUCUAGGUCUAAAGGAGCGUCUGAUUUGUCUCAGGGAGUUGGUGGCUGUUCUGUUGCUCCUGUGGGGUGAGGUGGACUGGCAACCCACAGCAACAUCCUUUAACGUCCUGGCGAAGGUGGGGACUGCCUCUUUGUACAGGUCUACAUUGUCGUAAAGACAGUCCAGGCUGAGGGGUGAGAUGGUGGGCCAGGUGUACGUUGGACCAUAGCACACAGUCCCUGAGAGAGGCUGGCAUUUACCCUCUGGAUGGUGGCAGGGUGGAAAUCUCUCCUCUGGAGCAGGGUAGAUAUUCGCAAAGGGGAAGAUGUUGGAGACCCUCUCUCCUGUUAGGCGCGCAGGUCAUUGGUCCCUGUGUGAAUGAUGAUAUGGCUUGGGGAGACAAGCUGGGCCACAGCUCUCUCUGUUGUGGGGCACCAUAACUUUGACACUUUUAUUUGGGAAAAGUUUAUUCUCUAAUAUAAACUUUCCAUUUGAGUCCAUCAAUAAUAUAAUGUCUGGUUUCUCGUCAGGUCUAUGGAGGAUGGCAGGAGUGAUGGGAGAAUUACAGGCCGUGAGAUUGAGGGGGUCUGCUGGGUUGGUGCAUUGGUUGGUGGGUUCUGAUUCAGCGGUUGGCCUGGUCCCGGGUUUUUGUGGGACUCUUUGUAGAGUGGAUGGUGGUGGCUGAGAAAUUCCUGCCUUAGCUCAUGUAGCUCCUUCUGCAGGUUGUGCAUGUGGCUGGUGUUGACUGAGCUGGACAAUUCCUCUCCAAGUCUGCACACGUCCAUCCUGAGAGCCUGGUUGUCCUCCUCAACAUUCUUCAUUGCACACUGCAACUCCCGGAUCUCAUCCCUAUGCUAAAGCACCAGGCUGAUAUCUAUAAUAUGCUGUGGUACUGCAGGUGUCACGUGUGAGAGAAGCAUGCUCAGGGUUGUGUCUGUUGCAGGCGAGGGAGGGAGAGGGACACUGGGGACUACAUACUAGGGCACAGAGGGAAGGGAGGCUGUUGUAGGUAGUGACAGUGGAGAGGUUUUAAGUUCAGCAACAAGGUUUUAUUUAGUCGAAGUAGUGGACAAAUUGAUCCAGACUGGCCUCCGAAACUUGAACCCUCACAGUGCCGUUAUAAUAAAUAUGAAUGUUACAUUUGGGGGAGGAGUCAAUGUACAGUUGUCUCAUUGUUCUGUUUUCGGACAUUUUAAAAGUUCAUUGUUGGUCUUGUGGAGAGCUGUGUGCCAGGCAUUAGGAUCAUCAGUGUGCCAUCAGUGAAAUAAAUUGUCAAGGCUUGACAGUGUUAUCCAAUGUCCUUUUAGCACGAGAAGCUGUGAAAAUGAGUUAUGACAGUAGUUCUACACUGCAUGACCUCUUGCAUGUUUUGUUACUUCCAGAUGGAGAAUUCCCCCGUGGCACUGUGGUUGGGAUUGACCUUCUGCGCAUAGCACCUCUAGAUGGAGCCCACUUCCUGUCCAAUCAUGACAUCACUGAUCCUGUCACACAUACCAAGCUGCUUGAACUUCUCCCUGGUGCCCAGGCUCAUGUCAUCAUGAGUGAUAUGGCACCCAAUGCCAGUGGUUUCAAGGAGAUGGACCAUGAAAAACUCAUCACAAUGUCAUUGUCAUUGAUUGAUUUGGCUGAGAAGGUGUUGCAGACUGGUGGCUCUCUGAUUUGUAAGUAUUGGGACGGGGCAUUGGCGCACCAGCUUCAGCAGAAGCUUUCAGCUGUGUUCCGUGAAGUCAGGACAGUCAAACCAAAAGCCAGCCGAAAGGAGUCGUCAGAGUUGUUUUUCCUUGCCAGGUCGUAUAGAGAAAUAAAAUAGUCUGAUUGUAUAUUUUCAUGUGUAUUGUAAGCUUUGUUGACCUGCAAAGAAAGGCUUUAGGUGCUAAAGCACUUGAGGAGCCCCUCUAUUUCUCCUUCCUGAAUGUACUUUUUGUAAAAAUCUAUAAUAUUCUAUGAUAUCUUUACCAACUCAUUAAAAUCUAUGGAUAUUCUACAAUGAUUUGCAUUAUUCAAC